AUGCAUCUGGAUAGGAGGUUGACCUGGCAGAAACAUAUCUGGAGCAAAAUAAAAGCCCUGGACGCAAAAUUAAGAUCUAUGUAUUGGCUGAUUGGCAAAAAGUCUCAGCUAACAAACAAAAGCAAAAUAGCAGUUUACAAAACUAUUUUGAAGCCAGUAUGGACAUACGGCAUAGAACCUUGGGGAACAGCAAGUAAUAGCAACAUAGAAAUCCUGGAAAGAUUUCAGACUAAAGCUAUUAGAUCUAUGUUCAACAUUCCAAAAUACAUUCACAAUAAAUAUAUUCCGCACGACUUGAGGCUCAACACUGUGAAACAAGAAAUCGCUGCUCGAAGCUUAAAAUACCAACAAAAAUUAACUUCACAUGUUAACGCUCUGGCUGCUAAAUUAAUGGGUUCUGGAAGUACCGUGUACACAAGACUGAGAAGGAAUAGCGUUCCAAAUCUCGUGAAACGAUUUACCAAAGAAUAG